UCAUUAAUCGUCCACUAGCAUGGUUGAUGUGCAACAACUAUGAGAACUGUUCCCUCUGACACUGCCAUGGAUGAUGCUGUCUGUCAGCGCUGAGCUCUCUGAUGCACUAAAUGAAUGAACAUGCACUGGAAGACCUGAGGAUCUUUGCCGCCUUGUCCUUGCCAUCAGUAAUCUGCUUCUCAAGGAAAAAAUGGUGAGCAAGGAGGCCAGCAAAUGCAUAGUCACCAACUCCGAGUCGGACUCUGAGGCAGCCCCGUCGUUGUCCCUGGAGAUGAAGUACUCCCUGGAUGCUAGCAGGCAGGUACGGAAGAGGAACAAGGCCCUGCAGGUGCGUUUCAAGGACAUUUGCGAGGCGCAGAAUGAGCAGCGCGAGGCGGCCGUCCAGGCGGCCGGGAAGGGCGGCAGGACUGCCUCCUGCAGGGCGCCGUACCGCAAAUAUAUGACGGUGCCCGCUCGUCGCUCCAUCCCCAACGUCACCCGGAGCACGGGCGUCCAGACCUCGCCCGACCUCCGGAAGCGCUACCAGACUUUCCCCUUCGAGCGUAAGAAGGGCCACACUUUCAAACAUGCCGCUACCGUGGAGAGUUUCAAAGGGCACAGCAACGGUUUGGCCGCUGCCAGGAAAGUUCCGGAAGCCACAGUGGGCUCCGGAGAGGCUAUGCAGUCGGUGGGGAGGGGUGUCUAUCGUACGCAAGCGCUGCUCCACACGAACAACUGCGCAGUGGCAACGGAGCCGUUUUCCACCACCGACUGUCCGGACGGACCGACGAGCCCGGACUCGGAGGUGAGCUGCCCAGAAGACAAACAGUACUUACCGAAUGUUUUGGACUCCAGUACAAAUGCAGAGUUCCACAUAUACGGUCCCGAGACCGGGCACCAGAAAGGAUUACAUCGGGGAGAGGGGGAUCCGUACCCGUCUGCCAAGCGGCAGCUGUUAAACUUUGACGAGGCCCCCGGUGCGCCACGUAAAGACCCAGCAGCGGGUGUGACUGGGCCCAUCGCAUGGAACUCCCUGACUCAGGUGGAGUGCCUGGAGAGCCCAUCCGCGCAGGGAAAGCGCAAAAAGGGAUCGCAGCUCAAUGGGCUGCAGAUGCAGUCGCAAGCCGUGCCUCCCGCCGCCUGCCACGCCACGCAGCUGCGGUGUCACGCGGCCACGUUCGCUUCCCACGCCCUGCAGGGCGCCGAGGCGGCGAGGGCCCUAUCGAGGGCUGCCACAGGAGCGCCCGAGCCGUGCCACCAGAUCGUGCCCGUCGCUCAGGAUGGGGACCUUAAAGCACAGCUCCAGGUGAUGGAGAACCUGAUUAGCUCAAGCCAGGAGACCAUCAAAGUGCUUCUGGGAGUCAUUCAAGAGCUGGAGAAGGGAGAAGCCCACAGGGAAGGUCUCUCCUAUCGAACCGGACAGGACACGACCAACUGUGACACGUGUAGAAACAGCGCAUGUAUUAUCUACAGCGUCGAGCUGGACUUCAAGCAGCAGGAGGACAAGCUGCAGCCCCUGAUGAAGAGGCUCUGUCCUAUGGAGGACGCACAGCUCCCAUCUCUGCCUUACCCCCAUGAAGCCUUCACCUCCACGCCCAAACGCAAGUCUAAAACAGAGUCCAAGAAGCAUGCCCGCUGGAAACUAUGGUUCCUUUGAAAGCCUGCAUUCUUGAUCGUUCUGUCUGCAGCUUUGGUUCUGAAAUAUUCAAGCCCAGUCGGUUUAAAAUUUUUAUUUUUUUAUUCAAAGAAGGGUUAUCAGUUGUCCCUGGAUAUUGACA